GCGACUAAAAUGGAGGUUGUUUUGAAACAACGAAACGUCAAAAUCAUUUCAAAGAAGUGAAUGCUGUUUCACAUAUUGAAGCAUCAUGCCCUUUUAUCAGUGAAGAAGGCAGGUUCAUAUUUAGCCAGUAUGGAGAGUCAAACUAUGACCAGUGAACAGCUUGACACAGAGUUUGACAAGAUUUUAGUAGAUAUGAAACCAUAUGUUUUAAAACUGCCAGAAAAAAAAGAUCGUCAAAGAUGUGCAGUCUGGAUCAAAAAGUUGUGUGAACCACCAUCGUCUGGAUUAUCCAGCAGAAAAAAUCGUAAUCUUUAUUCACAACUGAUGUUAAGAAUGCUUCGAAGAGGAACUUUAGAGUCACCGUUUGAUUUAAAACCUGAAGACGGAAGUUUGCCAACAUUACCUACUUAUAUGUCAAUAUAUUUUGACGAUCCUAUGAAUUUAGAAGAGGAUAAAACACCAGACUGGGUAUCAGGAGAACUGACCCAUUCUGUUGGAUCAUCAUUAUUUCAUAGAUCAGCAUUUUGGGAACCAACUGCUACCUCCACAUUUCUAACUAGUCGUGAUAUCAAACAAAGAUCAACCAAUAGUCUAGGUGUUUCAUCAUUAGAUAGCCAUCAUCAUUUAUCAUUACCAAAUAGAGAUGAACAAUCUCUGCCAUUUGCUUUGGAUGAUUUAUGUCUUGAUACAAAAUCUUCACCAACUCAUUCACCAUUAAAUAGAGAGCAACGAAAGUUUGAUGUUAGACCAAGAAGUAAAUCACCUACUAGAAGAAAUAACCCUCAGGUAAAUGAUAGUGAUUGGUCAAGACCAUAUAGUCAUCAUAGUCAUGUUACAUCUACACUUUAUCCAAAAGUUACCCCCUAUCCUGAUGAACAGUUUUCAUUGCAUACAUCAGAGAUUGAAACAAGGAUCAAGAUGUUAGAAGCUAAUUUUCAUGAAGAAAAAGUUAGAUUAAAACAAAAACAUGAUAAUUAUGUUCAGAAGGUUAUCGAAAGGAAAAAUUUAGAGGUAGAAGACCUUAAAUCAGAAUAUAAUGAAAAAGUACAAGAAUUAGAAGAUGUGGUAGCAAAACUAGAUAAAAAAGUGCAAUCUGUUGUAAAAGAAUCCAAUAUGGUGAGAGAAUCCAAAGAAAAACAGGUGUCCGAAUUAAAGAAAAUGGUGGAAGACACUGAUCAAUCAAAAAAACUUCAAUAUGAAAAAAAGGAAGAGACAAAAGCAUGUUUGAAAGAGAAGUCAAAGCUUCAUGAUUUGUUACAUGAAUUUGAACAAGAAAAGUUUGAAAUGCAGAAUCAUCACUCUAGAAAUGUACAAGAAGUUUUGGAGGAAACUGACGUAAAGUUGCGACGAAUGGAGAAGGAAUAUGGUCAACAAACCACUUCAACGUCCAACAUUAUUAAAGAAUUAGAAAAUCGUGUUCAGAUGUUAACAACGGAGGUUGAUAAUACAGUCAAACAACGAGUAAUUAUAGAAAAAGAGAAGAAUGAAUUACAGAUAAAAGUUGAUAGAUUAUCAGCAAAUUUAGAAGACUCUAAAGACAGAUUCCGUCAUCUAGAUAGUGAAUAUAAACAUUUAAUAGACACACACAAACAAGAAGUAAGAAGUUUAAAAAGUAAAACAGAAGCUAGUUUACAGUAUAUAAAACAAGAACAAAGUUUAUCAUCAUCAAAGAAUACAGAGGCUAUAUCGGAGUUAGAACAACAGGUUGAACAGCUCAAAAAAGCAUUAAAAGAUACUGAGGAAUCAAAUCACAGACAAUUAAGGGAACAAGAACACACGUAUCAACAAGAUAAAAUGCAUUUAGAAAGUCUACAUGAUAAACAGAUUCGGAGUCUCAAAAAAGAAUAUGAACAAUCAGAACAAUUGUCAGAGAAAAAAAUCAAAAGAUUAGAAAACACACUUCAUGAUAAAGAACAAGAAUUAAAUCGACUGAGAGAACAAAAUCAUGAACAAGCUGCUCAAGCUGAUAGAGCUCUAGAAGAAUUUAAAUUACAAGUGGAAAAAAAUCAAACAAGAAUGCAUGAUGAAAUGAAAGAGCAGAUGAAUAAAGUACAAUCAGAUCUACAUAAAUCUAAACUAAGUAGAGAGAAACAGGCUCAAGAAUUUGCUCACCAAUUAGAAGAAGAGAAGUUUCAGCAUGAUAAAGAGUUGGCUGAAAUAAAGAUAUUUUUUGAUAAUGAUAAAACACAACUUCUGAGAGAUUUUCACAUCCAGAAAGAUUAUAUUUUAUCUGAUCAUGAGAAAGAUUUAGAUAAUAUAAAAGAGGCCCAUAAAGCUGAAUUAAAUUGUUUAGAGAUGAAAUCACGGGAAAGACAAGAAAAAGAUAACAAGACAAUGCGUGAGUUAGAAACACAACUUAGAGAAUUAAGAGAAGAAUUAGUACAGUCCAAUCAACUACGUAAACAACAACUCGUAGAACUGGGAUUAUUACGUGAAGAAGAAAAACAAAAGAUGCAAAGAGACCAUGAAUUAGAGAUAACUAGAAUGAGAACAGAUAGUGAACAGCAAAGAUUAGAAUUACAGAAAACACAUAGUUUUGAGAUGGAACAAAUGUUACAAAAGACCAGUGGAAGAUUAAAAGAUCUAGAGAAAGAAAAUGAUGAAAAGAUGAAAAAUUUUAUAGAGAAUAUAUCCAGUCUUCAAACUACAAUUGAUCAUCUUAGAACUGAAAACAAAAGAAUUAAAGAAAAAGGAGACAAGAAGGUAAUAGAUAUUGAUGUUCAACAUGAAGAUGAAAAGAAGGCUAUAAGAAAACAGUACUCAAAUAGCAUGCAGAAAAUUUCUCAAGAAUUAGAUGUUCAGAGAAAAAAAGUGAGGAAUUUAGAAAGACAGUUACAGAAAGAGGAAUCAGAUUAUGAAGAAAAGGUUACAAGAUUAAAGUUGAAUUAUGAAGAAAGGAUUAGAGGUCUUAUACCAACAGAAGUUAGACAGGAAUUAGAAGAUACAAUAGAAGCAUUGAAAUCUCAGGUUUAUUCUCUACAACAGAGGGCUUCAGUAUUACAAGAUGAAGUAGAUACCAGCAGCAAGCCAAAAUUCAGUAAAAUAGCAAACGUUCCUAUUAAAGCAAUAUGAUUGGCAAUGGUAAUAUUAGUUAUAAACAGUGCUUCCAUCCAUAAUGUCAAUUCUGUUAUGUGUCGGUAUUUAAGUGUAAUAUAUAGUUGAAGUACAUACAUAAUACAUGUAUUCAACUUUUUCUAACAUGUAUGUAAUGUAUAAAUAUUUGUAUAUAAAAAAUAAAUAUCAAUAUUCUAAUUAUUAUAUUGUAAUAUUUGUACAACUUUUUGACUAUUUUCUAACCAAGUAUGUUAAUAAUAAUUUAUUUAUGAAAUACAGUAUUAUUUUCUAUCACAUCAGAACAUGUUUGUUAUGGCAAUCUCUGAUGACAUGGAAAUUAUUAUUUAAUGACAACAGGUGAAAGGAUUGUGUGGGUAAAUUUGUUUACCACUUCAUUGUGAUCUGUUUUUAGAGAUAAGGUUUUUAUCGGGAUUCGGCUUGAUAUUUAAGUGAAUUCCGAAUCGGGAAACCCUCUAUAUAAUUUUAAUUGCUCACGUUAUCUGAUUGUUAUUUUAACUUGUUUUUUUAUACAAGAUACAAAAACAUAUUUUUAUUUUGUUAUCAGUGAUUCAGUGCUGUAUGUCUAUAUACACUUAUAAGUUUGUGAUGAAUUUCAAGGUCAGAGUCAUACAUAAAAUGCUUUAGGUAAUCAAUUAGUUGAUUUAUUCAACAAAAAAUAAAGUUAAAUCGCAUUUAUUAAGUUUGCGACAUAUAUAUAUAUUUGGCUCUAAUGUAUGGUUUUUUUUUUGAUUCAUGCUGCACCAAACAUUGCAUAUUAUACGCUAAUACCAAGUGUCUGAUGUUAAUGACCAAGAUCAAGGUCAGAUCACCCUUGAUGUCACAUAUUCACAUUUCCCAGAAAUGAAAUUCCUCAUACCUAUUCCUGUUCCAAUGACAAUAAAACUUACAUGGUCAUUGAUUGGAGCACAAUAUAGCAGUUCCAGUUGUCAAUGUUUAUCUUUUUUUUCCAAAACAAUUCCUCUUUAAUAUAGCUUGUAUUAACCAUUGACACAAGACUAUUUUAUAUUAAUUAGUCUAUUCAUUCCAACACCAAAUAUCUGCUGCUAUAUAUUACUGAUAUUAUAUUAUAUACUUUAUUAAUAAUAAACAUUUU